AUGCAUCAGUCACAAAAGUUUGCACAGAUAUUCAGAAAGCUCCACUCUCAUACGUCAAAGAAAAAUAUUCAGGCCACCAACCUACUCCUCUCCUCAUGGGCUGUAGUCUCAUUGAUGGUAGGCGUCUUCAUAGAAGAAUGGGUUGAAUUAGUUCCAAAAAUAAAAAAGGAUAAGAUAAGCCACAGUCCAUGGAUGACAUGCUGCAGUACCAUUUGGCCAGAAGAUAGCCUGAAAGUGGUCAGGAUCAUGAUGAUGUUGGUCCUCUGCCUUUCCUUCUUCCUUAACUUGAUCCUGGGUAUGCAAUACACCUAUAUGAUUCCUCAGAAUAGAUAUAUGCACUUCAUCAUUGCCUUCAUCUGUUUCCUCACGGGUUGCCUUCUGUUUGGUACGUUAGCACUGUAUCAUCAUAAGCUAAAGCAUGAUCAGGCCUUGUACUUCUCUAGUUUCCAGACCAUGAGGGUUCCUUUCACUCCCUACUUAGCCACUGUCUUCUUUAUUACCUGUGGUUUUCUGUGUCUCCUACAGUGCAAGCAGCCCACCCAUAGUUGUACCUGCCAGAAAAUCCACCCAUCUGAUGAACAGUGCAGUGAUAAACAGCUCUCUGGGCAUUCUGUCCAAGUUAUUUCACUUCCAGAGCGCACUGCAAUGCCACGGAGCACUGUCUGUGCACCCUCUCAGGAUUCAAAGGAAGAUGCUGUGAGCAAAGAACAUCUCCAAAAAGGUCAUAUGACCUGGGCUCUAUGA